UUUCAGAAUGUCUUCAGAGACGUCAAGUACCAAUACUCCAGAUGUAGAGAUGGCAUCGGUACGAGGUUUAGGAGCAGCCCCGAACUCAAUUCCUCAGCCUACGGAAGCAAGGCCCUUUGUUUUGAAGAAAUGGAACGCGUUAGCCACAUGGGCGUGGGACGUUGACUGCGACACUUGUGCCAUAUGUAGAGUUCCACUAAUGGAAGAAUGUCUCCGAUGUCAAGCGGAUGCAUCCUCAAGUGACUGUGUCGUGGUAUGGGGCGACUGUAAUCAUGCUUUCCACAAUUGUUGCAUGAGCCAAUGGGUACGACAAAACAACCGAUGUCCAUUGUGUCAACAGGAUUGGAUCGUGCAAAGGGUCGGUCGCUGAUCGAGUUUAUCAAUUUGAUCACUUAGUAAUCACUAAUUUUUGAUUAUCCGGUCAUGUUUGUGCAACUUAUCUCACCCUGCCUAUUUUUUUGUAUAGAU